CAAGCGGCACAACUUCCGGUUUGAACAGUUAGCCUACAAAGCUAAUAAUAGUCGCUGACAGUUUCAUUUCACCGAACAUCUCGGACACGUAUUCAGUGAUAAAAUGUCCCGGGGCUCAAGUGCGGGGUUUGACCGGCACAUUACCAUCUUCUCCCCCGAGGGAAGGCUCUAUCAAGUCGAGUAUGCUUUCAAGGCUAUAAAUCAAGGCGGACUAACAUCAGUCGCCGUACGAGGGAAGGACUGUGCAGUUGUGGUCACACAGAAAAAAGUACCGGACAAGCUCCUGGAUUCCAACACAGUAUCCCACCUUUUCAGAAUCACAGACAAUAUUGGAUGUGUCAUGUCUGGAAUGACAGCCGACAGCCGCUCCCAGGUCCAGCGCGCUCGCUACGAGGCGGCGAAUUGGCAGUACAAGUACGGUUACGAGAUCCCGGUGGACAUGCUGUGUAAACGCAUCGCAGACAUCUCCCAAGUCUACACACAGAACGCCGAGAUGCGACCACUGGGCUGCUGUAUGAUCGUGAUAGGCGUAGAUGACGAGAGCGGCCCGCAGGUCUACAAAUGUGACCCGGCAGGAUACUAUUGCGGCUUCAAAGCCACCGCCGCAGGAGUCAAGCAGACGGAAGCCACCAGUUUUCUGGAGAAAAAGGUGAAGAAGAAACUGGACUGGACCUUCGAACAAACCAUCGAGACGGGGAUCUCCUGUCUGUCGACUGUUCUCUCCAUCGACUUCAAGCCCUCUGAGCUGGAGGUGGGCAUGGUCACAACACAGGACCCCAAGUUCAGGAUUCUGACGGAGACAGAAGUGGACACUCACCUGAUGUCCCUGGCAGAGCGGGACUGAGCCAGCAGGGAGAGAGGUCACAUGUUGGUUUGCUGUACAUUACACACACUGUUUAAUUCAAUAAUAACAAUUAAAAACACACAUUUUGAAGUAAAA